AUGUUGCGCUCUUCUGUCGGACGCCUUCGCAUCUUUGAUGCAUGCUACGUGCUCAACCUUGACCGCCGACCGGACCGCUGGGCGCAUGUGCAGCGGCAAACUGCCCGCGCUAGGCUCGAAAAUUUUCUACAGCCGCCGGCGAAGGUCACCCGGGUGAGUGGGGUCGAUGGAAACUCUCUCGACGUGGAGGCGUUGCAUAGGGACGGUGUCAUCACAGAUCUUGGCUAUACCCGAUUUCUUCUUCCCAGGGAAGAGAAACUGUUUGGGAUGGACCUCACACGCGGUGCCAUUGGGUGUGCGCUUGGGCACCGCAAGAUAUGGGAGAUGAUUGCGGCGGAGCGCCGUGCGUGUGCGUUGGUGCUCGAGGACGAUGUGGAGUUCCACCACAAGUUUGGUCGGCUGCUGGGGCCACUGUGGGAACGGGUGCCCGCGGAUUGGGGCGUUGUGCACCUGGGUGGGCUGGACCUCCUUGCCUCUGGGAAGCCGCCCCGUCCAUUCAUUGACGACGGCAUCCGCCUCGCAUACCAGGGCCAUCGCGAACUCACCGCAUACGUUCUACACCACGCCUCUGCAAAGCGUCUCCUCGAGCUGACAACGCCAAUGACGUGGCAGGUGGACACACAUAUUAGCAGUAACUUGGAGUCCGACUCGGAGGCGCAGGACAAGUACAUUGCAGACCCCAAGACGUAUGUGUUUCAGCCAUCCCUCGCGAUUCAAAUCACCUCUUUCGGGACCGAUGUGCAGAAGCAGCCGUCUGAAAACCCUUCACUCGAAGAUGCCGCGCGCCGCAUGCGUGAGUUUAUUGGCGGAGGGACUUCUGUGCGUUGA